GCGAAGUACACGUCAUCAAUUGUGUAGCGCACAUUGUUUUGUUGAUUGCAUUUGUUGUAGAAAUAACUGUGUUGUUCCAAAAAGAAUUGGCCAAUUCGUGAAAAAUAGAUCAUGGAAAAUCAAUCGAAGCAAGAAAACAGUGCUGGGAAGACAAAUUGUGUUGGAUUAUUAGCACCACGGACCGAAAGUGCCAAGAAAUAUUGGAAUCGUUUUUGUUGGUUAUGUCACAAAGAAGGAUCGAAUGACAAGAAAAAAUGCGGAUCAUGCUACCACAUCUAUCACACGGAAUGUUUACGCAACGAGACCAUUUGUCCGGACUGCAAAAUUGCCAACAUUCGAUCCAAGGAAUUUGAUAGCGUUGAUCGUGAAAUGUUGAAAAGAUUGCUCGAUAAACUGCUGUCCGAUGAAGUUUUUGUAGGAACACAGAUGAUUCAAAAGUCGUUGGUUCUCAUCGAAUCAAAGCUCGCCGAAUACAGCAAUUUCGGCACAUUUUUGGACGACAUCAAAUGGACAACACACAAGUGCAUUUUGGGGUAUAUUAAAGGGGAAGAAAAGCUGGUACCAAUUGCUGAACGGCUUCAUGUGUACUGUGUCAAUCAAGUGAACAGUAUACAAGCAUGCGUGGAAUGUCAUAAGAAUUCGUGGGAACAUACAGAUCGUUAUGCCACAAUGGUUUGCCAAGCGGCCCACCCGGUGCUAUGGGCAUGGAUGGAAUGCGAUUCAAGCUAUUGGCCAGCCAAAUGUAUGCGGGUCGUCGAUUCAAAAGUUUUUGUAUGCAUUUUCGGUUAUGACAUACAAAAGGAUAUUGAUGUGAAGGAUUGUUUUAUGUACUCCCGUAAUCGGCCAAAUCGUGGUGAACAAAAGCCCAUCACCGACAACUUUACAGCGGCUGUAAAGGUAGCUAACGCUUAUAUCGAAAAUUGGUCCAAAGAACACGGCAAUUAUAAAUUGGCAGCAAUCUAUACGCCAUUCAAUGCAAAUUUCCAUUUGCGGAAUGAAACUGGCAGUACCGUUUUUUCGAAAAUGUCUCUGUCGAAAUCAGUUCCAUCAAAAAUUUCGACUUUACCUAAAUUGACCGUACUCAAACCGAUAUCACCAGAUCCAAGUCGCCCGAAAAUGAUGUCCACUGCACCAUUGAUUCGUGUUCGUCCGGCCGAACAACUCCAACAAAAUUAUCGUUCAAUGCCAACAAAUAAUUCGUUUACAAUGAACGAUGAGCAGAACGAGAAACCAACGACCAACGGCAAUAGUACCUACAACAAACCAUUUCGACCAAAUUCAUUGCCUAAAAAGCGAAAGUUCACCGAUGUGUCUGCACCAUCAUCAUCUUUGCCAAAUGCAGACAAAUCCACCCCACCACCACCAUCAGCAGCACAAAAUGAACAAAUCAAUUAUUUAAAGAUGAACUUCAAGGAAUAUCUGGAAAAAUCAAAACGCCUCUGCACUGGUCUGGGACAUUUGGAAAAUAAAGUCGGUGAACUACAAUUGGCGAACAAGCGAUUGGUGUAUGAUGCAAAACAACAUCAAUUGGACUACGAUAAAUUGAUGGGCGAAAAUCAAAUGCUUCGAAAGCAAAUCGAACAGACGAAAAUAAAUUGGGCGCAAAAAUUGCAAGCAGCUGAAAAACAACAAUGGUGCAUCGUAUGCCGAAGACAACCAGACAUACCGUUUCUUUGCACCAAUAAUUGUCGCAUGAUCUACUGGAAGAGCCAAAUACACAAGCAUGAUUGAUACGAUCCAGACUAUACGACUGUAGAAUAGGCAUGACUAACGCACUCAACUAUUUGCGUUUUAUUCAAUCGAAUUGACAUAACUUUUUUCAUUUUUGACACAAUCAUCGUUUACAUUAAUUUUUUUUUCUAUGU